UUCGUGGGCAACAUGAAGAAGAUAAGCUCCCCCUCAAGAUCAAGAUGCGCCCUUCAUCUCAUGCUUCCUCUGGCUCUCUGCUUCUUCUCAGGCGCGCCGCGGCGUGCUGACUCUGCUCGAGUCUUCACCAUCGUCAACCAGUGCGAGACGGUGAUCUGGCCGGCCGUGACGCCCGCCAGCGAGAGCUUCGGCGGCGGCGGCGGCUUCGCGCUCCGCCCGGGGAAGUCAGUGUCGUUCACGGCGCCGGCGGGGGGCUGGUCGGGCCGCGUCUGGGCCCGCACGGGCUGCCGCUUCGACGCGUCCGGGAACGGGUCGUGCGCGACGGGCGCGUGCGGGACGGCGCUCCGGUGCGGCGGGGCGUCGGGCGAGCCGCCCGCCAGCCUCGCCGAGUUCACGCUCGCGUCGCCGGCGGACUUCUACGACGUCAGCCUGGUGGACGGGUUCAACCUGCCGGUGGCGGUGCGGCCGGUGAACGGGCGGGGCAACUGCAGCGCCGCGGGCUGCGACGGCGACCUGCGCCAGACCUGCCCGCCGGAGCUGGCCGUGCGGGCGGGCGGCCGGACGGUGGCGUGCCGGAGCGCGUGCGACGUGUUCGACACGGACCGGUACUGCUGCCGCGGCAUGUUCGGGGGCCCGGGCACGUGCCGGCCCACCGCCUACUCCGAGAAGUUCAAGGCCGCCUGCCCCACCGCCUACAGCUACGCCUACGACGACCCCAGCAGCCUCUUCACCUGCUCGAACGCGGACUACAUCAUCACGUUCUGCUCCAACAGGAAACAAGGAGCGUGUUCGUACCACAACAAUCGGCUCGUCUGCAGCGGCUCCGGCCGAUCUUGGCCGAUCACAUCCAGGCUCCUGCUUGCACUGCCCCUCAUCGUUUUGGCUCUGCAGAUUUCAGUGUGAGGACCAAGGAGCAAUCAUCCUGAUAUACAUUCUUUUAGUUAUUUUCUUAUCCAUUUAAAAAUUAUAGGCGAUUAUGCCUCUCAAAUGCAAAUACAGGAUACAUUAUUCCUUGCAUAAGAUAGACAUCAUAGGUUUAUGUGCAUAGUAAAAGUUAUAUGCAUAGAAAAAUCAAAACGAUUUAUAAUUCGGAGCCGAGGGAGUAACUGGACAACAUAUGCGGCUGAACAUUUAAUGUAUGCAACUUCGUAGGAUCCUCUUA